UGUUCUCUUCCAUGGUCACGUGUCUGCGUCCUCCAAUCCAGUCUCGGCCACGGUUCAACUUAUCCCAGGUCUGUAGUUCACCGCGAAGUCAAGGAGUUACUGCAAUUGUACAUUUGCACUGAUUCUGCGUUUGUGGCCAUUUGGUGGUGGGAGCGGACGCCAGGGUCGCUGUUUUGUGAUGUCCACGCUGGGCACUCUGGCGUAUUACGCUGACUCGCACAUUCCACACGAGGAUGACGACGAGGAGGAUCAUCAUCACCAUCAUCACCCCCUGGCAGCGAGCUUCUCUGCAGCGCCGGCGCUCCAGCACGCGCGAGAGCUGACGCUGUGCGACUAUGGCGAGCAGGAGUCCUACCCUUUCCAGGCCAGGUCGGCUAUUUUCGGCGCCUCAUGGAGUCCCGUUCCCGUGCAGCCGCCGGGAAGCGCGUCCGUCGCUUACCAGCCUUACGUCCACCCCGCAUGCCCCACAGCGGAACCUGAGGUGGCGUGCGCCCGACCCUGGGCACCCGAGUCGCUGUCCGCCUCCCUGCCUUUCGCGGGGCUUCCCACGGAUACGCAGCACGACAUCAAGCUGGAGCCGCUGCUCCGGCCCGGGGAGUGCGCGGCGCUCGGGGGCGCUGAGAUGGAGCAGCACGACGCGACUCUCGCGGUGAAGAAGGUGUCCGGCCAGGCGGAUCCUGCCCAGCCGAACGACGAGAAAACGUCAACAGACGCCAAACCAGAGCUGGACCCAAAUAACCCCGCGUCCAACUGGCUACACGCGAAGUCCGGCCGAAAAAAACGCUGCCCUUAUACUAAGCACCAGACUCUCGAGCUGGAAAAGGAGUUUCUCUUUAAUAUGUACCUGUCCCGAGACCGUAGAUACGAAGUGGCAAGACUUCUAAAUCUCACCGAGAGACAAGUCAAAAUUUGGUUCCAAAACCGUAGGAUGAAGAUGAAGAAGUGCAACAAAAAUCGACCAAAAGACAGCUGCGAAUAGGAUACGUGCACUGCAGUGGUCUGAACCGCUUUUCUUUCCUGCACACACGGACUUAUGCAUCUGCUUUGACGUAAAGCAACGACAACAACAACAACAACAAAAACAACAAUUUCCUGGGCACAGUCUCUCGGACUGAGAAUGUGCCCGUGUAAUAACAAGAAUAGAAUAAUAAUAUUAGUGGCGUUUUUGUGUUAGACUGUUUGCCAGUCCUCUUGUCUUGUGUUUGCUUGUUGUUUAGGUCUAAAUGUUUACUUCUUUGUGUACAUUUUGAGCUUUUUUCAGUUCUGGGGGAAUUGUCCACGUAGGCUACUGAUUUCAGGGAUCUGUACUGAAAUGCUCUGAAAUGUUCUAGGCUAGCUAGUUUCGUUUGCAUGAGUGUCAGCUCACGAUAUCGAUGUUUUAUGUAACUACCUAGAUGUAUUUAAACUACCUAUUUGCAUUGAGAAUAUUCGUGUUUUGUCGUGAAGACAUCAGUGAAUUUUGUAUCGUAAACAUGCUUGAAUUUGUUAUGUUUUGUUUUGUGAAUUAGAGAAAACAAGAAAAAGCCUGUACGACAAAUACCUCAAAUGAUCAGAUCAGCCGUCUCCCAAUGAGAGAUCAUCUGUGUAGAUGACAAAAUAAAAGUUGUGAAAAUGUGA